AUGUCGUCGUCUUCCUCGCCAAUAGCACCAUUGGAAUUGCUCUUCUCAACUAAAUGUGAAGAUGUAAAGCAAAAACAACAACAACAACAGCCGUUUUGUAUCGACUUACGCCUUGGCGAUGGCGUCGUCUUCCGGUGUCCAGUCACUAUGCUGCAAGAAGGAUCGAGGACCCUCUCUGAAAUGUUGGAGAGUAUUGAGAGCGGAGAGACAGGGACACAAAUGGUGGAAUUGCCCUUUGCGUCAGUGAAUUCUGCGACGUUUCACUCUGUAGCGAUAUACUUGGAACACUUCUAUGGUCCAACGGGUGGGAAUGUGGUGGGUGACAAGAAUGGGGUGCAGGCUACCUCACAGUCUGGCAGGCCGGCCACUCUUUCAAGGCCGAUCCAGGUGCGUGAACUCUACCGCCUUGGCGACUGGGAGCAUCGCUUUGUCGUCCAGCAACUGCUUCUAUGGCCGCAAGAUCGAUGGGCGUUGUACGAAGAAGGACGGUGGGUGGAUGUCAGCGCAACGGAGGCAGCCUCUGCAGCUACGCAAUCAAUCGAUCAAUGCAAUAUUCAGCAUCUUCUGGAUGUGUUGGAGGCAGCGACGGCUUUGGAGGUGGUGCCAUUGAGGGAACUGUGUGCGGCAGUGAUCGCCAAUCUUUUAUUAGACCUCGAUGACAAAAACAUUCUCAAGUUCAUGGAAGUUGAAGAGACGCUUGGCCCCGAGGAAGAGAAGGCCUUGUUGAAGGAGUUUCCGUGGCUCAACUUCUAG